AUCAUGUCUUCGACUCAGGGCAAUGGGGAACACUGGAAGUCCCUGGAGUCGGUGGGCAUCAGCCGCAAAGAGCUGGCGAUGGCAGAAGCCCUGCAGAUGGAGUAUGAUGCUCUGUCCCGGCUCCGACACGACAAGGAGGAGAGUCGGGCCAAGCAGAACACAGACUCCUCUCUCAUCAGCUGGGACGAGCCUGUCCUGGACUUCUACAGCAAGCCAGCAGGCAGGCUGAACGACCUCAAGCUCCUCCGCGGUCUCUCUGGCUCGGAUCCCACCCUCAAUUACAACUCGCUCUCCCCACAGGAAGGGCUGCCCAACCACUCUACCUCCCAGGGCUCCCAGCCUGGCCCAGAUCCUUGGCCCAAAGGCUCCCUGUCUGGAGACUAUCUCUAUAUUUUUAAUGGUUCAGAUGGGGGACACCCUGUGUCCCCAGGACCAGGGGUCGUGGAUGACUCUUCAAAGAAACUGUCUCCACCUCCUCUACCACCCCGAGUCUCUAUCUGGGACACGCCCCCUCUGCCUCCCAGAAAAGGGUCACCCUUCUCCUCUAAGACCUCCCAGCCCAACGACAUCAACACAUUUUCUUUGGCCGAACAACCACCAGGCAAAUUGAUAGGCCAUCGGAUCCUGGAAGAGGUUGAGCCGGGAGGUGGCGGACAGGGGUGCCUGCUCGGGUCCGUGGACUAUGACGAUAUCAAUGAUGCAAUUACACGACUCAACUUAAAGUCAACCUAUGAUACAGAGAUGUUGCGGGAUGCCACCAGGGGCUGGAAGGAAGGCAGGGGCCCCCUGGACUUCGGCAAGGACACUCCAGGAAAACCCGUGGCUCGGAGCAAAACUAUGCCCCCUCAGGUGCCCCCUCGCACGUAUGCCCCCCGAUACGCCAACCGAAGGAAUGGAGGAGCUGGCAAGAACCGCAGGAUUUCUGCAGCUCCGGUGAGCUCGCGGCCCCGCACCGUCGCCAACGGGUAUGAGCUGUUUGAGGUCUCCGAGGAGAGAGAUGAGGAAGUUGCUGCAUUUUGCCACAUGCUGGAUGUACUUCGAGCUGGCUCUGACAUCCAAGAGUAUCCCCUCACUGGAUAUGUCUGGAGUGCAGUCACCCCAAGUCCAGAGCACCUCGGGAAUGAGGUCAACCUGAAGGUGACCGUGUUGUGUGACAGCUUGAGGGAGCCACUCACUUUUACCUGCAACUGUUCUUCCACCGUAGACCUGCUCAUCUACCAGACGCUGUGUUACACCCGUGACGAGCUGAGGGAUGUGGAUGUGGGUGACUUUGUGCUGAAACCCUGUGGGCUGGAGGAGUUCCUGCAGAACAAGCAUGCCUUGGGCAGCCACGAGUAUAUUCAGUACUGCCGCAAGUUUGACAUCGACAUCCGGCUGCAGCUGAUGGAGCGGAAGGCUGUCCGCAGCGACUUGGCCCGGACGGUGAAUGAUGACCAGAGCCCUUCCACCUUGAACUACCUCGUCCAUUUACAAGAAAGGCCAGUGAAACAGACCAUCAGCAGGCAGGCCCUGAGUCUUCUGUUCGACACUUACCACAAUGAGGCAGAGACCUUCCUUCUGGCUGAUGGGGACUUCCCACUGAAAGCUGACAGGGUGGUCCAGUCAGUCAAGGCCAUCUGCAAUGCCCUCGCCGCUGUCGAGACCCCCGAGAUCACCAACGCACUCAACCAGCUGCCCCCCUGCCCCUCCCGCAUGCAGCCUAAAAUCCAGAAGGAUCUCAGUGUCUUGGCUGUGAGGGAAAACCGAGAGAAGGUGGUGGAAGCCCUGACCGCUGCCAUCCUGGACCUGGUGGUGCUCUACUGCAACACGUUCAACGCAGACUUCCAGACGGCUGUGCACGGCAGCUGCAAGCACGACCUGGUCCAGGAGGCCUGCCACUUCUCCGGGCCGCUGUCCUUCACCGUCUACGCCACCCACCGCAUCCCCAUCACCUGGGCCACCAGCUAUGAAGAGUUCUACCUCUCCUGCUCUCUCAGUCAUGGUGGCAAGGAGCUGUGCAGCCCCCUGCAGACCAGAAGGGCCCAUUUCUACAAGUACCUCUUCCAUCUCAUCGUCUGGGACCAGCAGAUCUGCUUCCCUGUGCAGGUAAACCGGCUGCCUCGGGAGACCCUGCUGUGUGCCACCCUCUAUGCUUUGCCUGUCCCCCCACCUGGGACCUCUUCUGACACCAACAAGCAACGGAGGGUCCCUGAAGCCCUUGGCUGGGUCACUACCCCACUCUUCAAUUUCAGACAGGUGCUAACCUGUGGCCGGAAGCUUCUGGGCUUGUGGCCAGCCGCCCAGGAACACCCCAGCACCCGAUGGAGUGCACCUAAUUUUCACCAGCCAGACAGCGUCAUUCUGCAGAUUGACUUCCCUACCUCAGCUUUUGACAUCAAGUUCACCAGCCCCCCUGGAGACGAGUUCAGCCCCUGCUAUGAGUUCAGCAGCCUCCGGGAGGAAGAUCAAGGCAAGCUUAAAGACAUCAUGCAGAAGGAGUCCCUGUACUGGCUCAGUGAUGCUGACAAGAAGCAGCUGUGGGAGAAGCGCUACUAUUGCCACUCGGAGGUGAGCUCCCUCCCGUUGGUGCUCGCCAGCGCCCCCAGCUGGGAGUGGGCGUGCCUUCCCGACAUCUAUGCGCUUUUGAAGCAGUGGACCCACAUGAACCACCAGGAUGCCCUGGGACUGCUGCAUGCCACCUUCCCAGACCAAGAGGUGCGGCGCAUGGCUGUCCAGUGGAUCAGCUCUCUCUCAGACGCCGAGCUGCUGGACUACUUGCCCCAACUGGUGCAGGCCCUGAAGUACGAAUGCUACCUGGACAGCCACCUGGUGCGCUUCCUCCUAAAACGAGCCGUCUCGGACUUGAGAGUGACUCACUACUUCUUCUGGUUGCUGAAGGAUGGCCUCAAAGACUCUCAGUUCAGCAUCCGCUACCAGUAUCUGCUGGCAGCUCUGUUGUGCUGCUGUGGCAAAGGGCUGAGAGAGGAGUUUAACCGCCAGUGCUGGCUCGUCAGCACCCUGGCCAAGCUGGCUGCGCAGGUCCGGGAGGCUGCCCCAUCUGCCCGGCAGGGGAUCCUCCGCACAGGCUUGGAGGAUGUGAAGCAGUUUUUUGCUCUCAAUGGUUCCUGUCGCCUUCCACUCAGCCCUAGCCUGCUGGUCAAGGGCAUCGUGCCCAGGGACUGUUCCUAUUUCAAUUCCAAUGCUGUCCCCCUCAAGCUCUCCUUCCAAAAUGUGGACCCGCUGGGUGAGAACAUCCGCGUCAUCUUCAAGUGCGGGGAUGACCUUCGCCAGGACAUGCUGACACUACAGAUGAUUCGCAUCAUGAGCAAGAUCUGGGUCCAGGAAGGGCUGGACAUGCGCAUGGUCAUAUUCCGCUGCUUCUCCACUGGCCGGGGCAGAGGGAUGGUGGAGAUGAUCCCCAAUGCCGAGACCCUACGCAAGAUCCAGGUGGAGCAUGGGGUGACCGGCUCCUUCAAGGACCGGCCUCUGGCCGACUGGCUGCAGAAACACAACCCCGGGGAGGAUGAGUAUGAGAAGGCUGUGGAGAACUUCAUCUACUCCUGUGCUGGCUGCUGCGUGGCCACGUACGUCUUGGGCAUCUGUGACCGACACAAUGAUAACAUCAUGCUGAAGACCACUGGCCACAUGUUCCACAUAGAUUUUGGCCGCUUCCUGGGACACGCCCAGAUGUUUGGCAACAUUAAGCGGGACCGAGCCCCCUUUGUCUUCACGUCAGACAUGGCGUACGUCAUCAAUGGGGGUGACAAGCCAUCCAGCCGUUUCCACGACUUUGUUGACCUUUGCUGCCAAGCCUACAACCUCAUUCGCAAGCACACCCACCUCUUCCUCAACCUUCUGGGCCUGAUGCUGUCCUGUGGGAUCCCUGAGCUCUCAGACCUGGAGGACCUCAAGUAUGUGUACGAUGCCCUGAGGCCUCAGGACACAGAGGCCAAUGCCACCACCUACUUCACUAGGUUGAUUGAGUCCAGCCUGGGCAGUGUAGCUACAAAGCUCAAUUUCUUUAUCCAUAACCUGGCGCAGAUGAAGUUCACAGGCUCAGAUGAUAGACUGACCCUUUCCUUUGCUCCCCGGACAUAUACCCUCAAGAGCUCUGGCCGCAUCAGUGAUGUUUUCCUCUGUCGCCAUGAGAAGGUCUUUCACCCCAGCAAGGGCUAUAUAUACGUGGUCAAGGUGAUGCGUGAGAACGUUCAGGAGGCCACCUACAUCCAGAGGACAUUUGAGGAGUUCCAGGAACUGCACAACAAGCUGCGGCUGCUCUUCCCUUCUUCUCUGCUGCCCAGCUUCCCCAGUCGCUUCGUGAUUGGCCGCUCCUGGGGAGAGGCUGUGGCUGAGCGGCGAAGGGAGGAGCUGAAUGGCUACAUCUGGCACCUGAUCCACGCAGCCCCGGAGGUGGCCGAGUGUGAUUUGGUGUACACCUUCCUCCACCCACUGCCGCGGGAUGAGAAGUCUGCAGGCACCAGCCCAGCUCCCAAGUCUUCGGAUGGCUCCUGGGCCCGGCCCAUUGAGAAGGUGGGUGGGGAGGUGAAGCUGUCCAUCUCCUACAAAAACAAUAAACUCUUCAUCAUGGUGAUGCACAUUCGGGGCUUGCAACUUCUCCAGGAUGGGAAUGACCCUGAUCCCUAUGUGAAGAUUUAUCUUCUGCCAGACCCUCAGAAAACCACCAAGAGGAAAACCAAAGUGGCCCGCAAAACUUGCAACCCCACCUACAAUGAAAUGUUGGUGUACGAUGGCAUUCCCAAGGGGGAUCUGCAGCAGCGGGAGCUGCAGCUGAGCGUGCUGAGUGAGCAAGGAUUUUGGGAGAAUGUCCUCCUUGGGGAGGUGCACAUCCGCCUGCGGGAGCUGGACCUGGCCCAGGAGAAGACGGGCUGGUUCGCGCUAGGAUCUCGGACUCAUGGGACCUUGUGAAACCAGCAGAACCACGGCCAGGGACUCCUGGGUGGUGGCAGGAGCUGGGGCAGGGGAGUCUCCCCUGUGUGACGCUUCCUUUCCUCGAGAAGGGGCUAGGCCCUUGGUGGGCCUCCUCUCUGUCCAGGUGCAUCCGCCCUCCACCACGGAGAUGGGGAGAGGAAGGUGCCCUCACCUGGCCGGUCCCCUCACAGCCUGAGCGGAGGCGCGUAGUGAUGCUCAGCCCCUUGGAGGCUGUGAAGUUGCAGCAAAGUUUUAAGUUUACCUUGUGUCAAGGGAGCAAUGCCUGGUUGGGUGUGUGUCAGGGGCGGGUUGUAUGAAGUAGUAGCAUUUUGAGGGAGGGUGGGUGGAUAUC